UUGGCACAGUUGGUAUCAACCGUAGAGCACCGCUUUUUAGCGGUCGUUUUACGAUGAUUGUUCGUUCAAAUAUCGUUCUGUUCGUCAACAACGUGGUACCGUAGCAUGGUAGUGGAUGAACAAUCCGAUAAAGAAAAAGAAGACUGCAAUAAUAGUAUUAUUACUUAGCUUUCUCUCGUUAUUGCGAAAGAAAUAAGGCUAUCUCUGCGAUCUGCUGCAAUCUUAUUGUUGCUUCUGGCAUUCGUGUGUAACAUAAACACACGAAAGACAACACAUUUGCCAAACAGUGGUGGGCGAUACGCAUAUUAGAUAUUGAAGCGUUUGCCACAGCUAGAACGAAGAUGAAUACGCCGCAGUCUAAUAAAAAGAAAGGCAGGAACAGAAUGGGUGUACCUAAUGAAAGCGCGAGUCCUACGAACACAGAGACGCUCAGCAGUCAAGAAGCAGCCAAAUUCGUUUUGGUAAAUCCUAUAGGGGAAGAUGGAAACAAAUCAAUUAAGCUGGCUAUCUCAGAUGCAAUCCCUAUAAUUUCCAUGGAUUCAAGUAUGCUUGACGAAAAAGGUUUAAAAUAUAACGCAGCAUUAUUGGAAAAGGAAAAAGAAGACAAAAAUAUUCUUAGCACUUUACCUGUUGCUACAGUUAAAGAGAUAGAAGGUUACGAGGAUCAAUUAGGAGAGGCUGAACCACUUCCAAAUUCUUACAUUAGAUUUAUGGAACGCAGUGGUGAAGAACUUGAUGGAGAAGUGGAAUAUGAUCUUGAUGAGGAAGACACUGCAUGGCUUUCUAUUGUGAAUGAAAGAAGACUAGCUUCUGGAUUAACACCUGCAUUAGAACCUGAUACAUUUGAAUUACUGAUGGACAGAUUAGAAAAGGAGUCAUAUUUUCAACAACAAAGCAAUGGUGGAGGUGGCAUUGCUGCGGACGAAGACGCUGUCUGUUGUAUCUGUAUGGAUGGAGAAUGUCAAAAUAGUAAUGCAAUUUUGUUUUGCGAUAUGUGUAAUCUUGCUGUCCAUCAAGAUUGUUACGGUGUACCAUAUAUACCUGAAGGACAAUGGUUGUGUAGGAGGUGUCUGCAGAGUCCAUCUAGGGCUGUAGAUUGUGUUCUAUGUCCGAAUAGAGGCGGCGCUUUUAAACAGACCGAUCGUCCCGCGACAUGGGCACAUGUGGUGUGCGCUCUAUGGAUACCAGAAGUUAGAUUUGCUAACACUGUAUUUCUGGAGCCCAUCGACAGUAUAGAGAGUAUUCCACAAGCUCGUUGGAAGCUUACAUGCUGUGUAUGCAAACGCAGAGGGGCAGGCGCGUGCAUUCAAUGUCAUAAGAGUAACUGCUAUGCAGCAUUCCAUGUAACUUGUGCUCAGCAGGCUGGUUUGUGCAUGCGUAUGAGAACAGUGCAACCUGCCAAUGGUGAACCAAUGUUAGUGCAAAAGACAGCUUAUUGUGAAGCGCAUACACCUGUCGAUUAUCAGCCUUCUACAAAUCCCGUGGAUGCGAGGAGGAGAGCAAUAGCUAAUAAGAAAAGCUCGUCAGCGCCUGUUAUUUCUAUUCCCACCAUUCCACCUGAGAGAAUCAGAGAAAUAGCUAGUUUAGCUGAAGGAAUACCAAAAAGGAGUCAAUUGAUACAACGCCUCCUUGCUUAUUGGACGUUGAAGCGACAAUACAGGAAUGGUGUCCCGCUUCUUAGAAGACUGCAAAGUUCUCAUCCACAAUCCAGACCGCAACCGCUCGGUGAACACUCCUCUUCGCCGACGCACGAUAGUGAAUUACGAGAAGAAUUGUAUCGUCAGCUUAAAUAUUGGCAAUGCUUACGUCAAGACUUGGAACGUGCACGAUUGUUGUGCGAAUUAGUACGGAAGCGUGAAAAAUUAAAGAAAGAAUUAUUCAAAGUGAAGGAAAAAUGUUUGUGGUUCGAAUUGCGGCCAUUGGAGAGUGUUUUACGUACAUUAUUAGAAGCUAUAAAAGCGAAAGAUGUAAACGAUGUAUUUGGACAACCAGUCAAUACCAAAGAAGUUCCAGAUUAUCUUGAAAUAGUAUCGCAUCCUAUGGAUCUCUCUACCAUGCAGGCAAAAUUAGAGAAACAAGAAUACGAUUCUAUUGCCGCUUUUGAAACUGACUUUAAUUUGAUGGUGAGCAAUUGUUUGGCAUAUAAUCGUAAAGAUACUAUGUUUUAUCGGGCAGGAAUAAAAAUGAAAGAGCAGGGUGGAGCCUUGAUAGAUCAGGCUCGCAAAGACUAUCCUGACCUCGAUCCAGUUAUUGAAUCCGAACAAGUUGGCUCUAAAUCUAGAAAAAGAGAAAGAUCUAAUCGUAGUCGCGUGGAAACAGAAUCGCAAUCUAACGAGAAAGAGAUUGGCGGAGGUGGUGUAAAUAGAAGAACAGCGGUAUUGUUCACGCGUAAAGCUAGAGCCCGUAAUGCUAGAAGCGGUCAAAUGUUUCUUUCGGAAGAUGACAAAAAGAAACAAAGUGAUAGUUUUAAAGUAUAUAGGAGUGGAACAAUGGAUAGUGAUAUAGGUGAGGGGGAAAGCCAAUCAUCAAGUUGCAGUAGCUGUCCCACGAGUAGAUCUACUACUCCCGAUCCAGAAGAGGAGAAGCAACGACAAGAGAUUGUCGAUACGAAGAAAGAAAACGAGAGCAAGCAAACGAACACUAGCAACGGUCUACAAGCUCUGCAACUUGUAUGGGCUAAAUGUCGCGGAUAUCCUUGGUAUCCAGCUCUGAUUAUUGAUCCUAAUACACCCCGGGGUACUAUACAUAAAGGAGUGCCGAUCCCAGCACCACCUGAUGAUGUUUUGGCUCUUGCUGACAAUUACAAAGAACCGGUCUUUCUUGUACUUUUCUUCGACACAAAGCGCACAUGGCAAUGGCUGCCAGGUGAAAAAUUAGAAAAACUCGGAGUAUCGCAGGAAGUGGACGAAGCAAAGUUAAUUGAAUCGCGUAAACCUGCAGAUAGAAAAGCUGUGAAGAAAGCUUAUCAAGAAGCUUUACAUUAUCGCAAACAAACUGCUGUGUUGGAUAGUAUCUCAAAUGUAUAAAUCUUGUAAGUACAAUAUACGAUCUAAUAUAAUUAGAAUAUUGCUAUAUAUAAAUAUUUAAAAAGAUAUUGUAAUUUGAAUGCAAUAGAUAUUAAUACUU